AUAAACAGCCAAGUCUUUCUCUUGCCUUCUCUCUCUCUUUCUCUCUCUUUCUACUAAAUACAAUCACUACCUACCUAACCUCCCUGUACAAACAAAACAACACACCCUUUUCCUUUCUUGUAAGAUAAGCUCUCUAGAAUCAGAUCUCUUUCUUUUACCGGAAAACUCAAAAAACUCAUUUUUCUCUCUUUCUUCUUCGUCAAGAACAAAGAAUGAGUUAUUACAAUCAGCAGCAGCCUCCUGUCGGUGUUCCUCCUCCUCAAGGUUAUCCACCAGAAGGAUACCCAAAAGACGCUUAUCCACCACCAGGUUAUCCACCACAAGGAUACCCACAGGGUUACCCACCACCAGGAUAUCCUCCUCAAGGCGGUUAUCCUCCUCAAGGUGGUUAUCCUCCUCAGUAUGCUCAGCCUCCUCCUCAACAAAACAGCAGUUCUGGUUGCUUGGAAGGAUGUUUGGCUGCUCUGUGCUGUUGCUGCCUGCUAGAUGCCUGUUUCCGAUUAUGAGAGGAUUGUUUGGGGCUGAUUCAACAGAAGUGUGAUUUUAAAAAACUGAAAACUUUGAUAGAGAUUCUAUGGGAUUGUCCUUAUUGCCAUUGCUUUUAAAUCUAGCCUGUCCAGCAGCUUUAGUCGUCUUCUUUUGAUUAUUUUUUUCUCUCUUUUUAAUGUGUAUCUUGCACAAAUAAUUGGAACCUUCUCUUUUUCAAAUGGGAUUCAGCAUUUGGUACA